AUGAACAAUAAGAGCAAGAAUAUUAGAACCCUGUACAGAGCAAUAAAUGAAUUUAAGAGAGAUUACCAACCGAGAAGUAACUUAGUGAAGGAUGAGAAUGGUGAUCUGCUUGCAAGUGAACUGUUAGUACCUUAUCCUAUUCCUUGUGAGACUGAAAUCCCUGUUCCAUAUUUGAAAAGGGAAAAGGACAGUGAAAUAUUUACUAGCAUAAAGCUGUUUAAUGUGCUUUCCUUAACAGGUCUUCCAGUAGGUCAGCAUAUUCAUUUGUCAGCCAAAAUAGAUGAGCAAAUUGUAAUCCGUUCAUAUACACCAGUCACUAGUGAUGAAGAAAAGGGUUACAUGGAUCUUGUCAUUAAGGUGUACUUCAAGAAUGUACAUCCAAAGUUCCCAGAGGGUGGAAAAAUGAGUCAGUACUUGGAGAAUAUGAAACUUGGAGACACAAUUGAUGUUCGUGGCCCUUCAGGUCGCCUUGUAUAUCUUGGAAAGGGAAAGUUUGCGAUAAAAAUUCUUAGGAAAGACCCACCAACUGCUGUUUCAGUUAAAAAAGUAGCAAUGAUUGCUGGUGGUACUGGAAUCACACCAAUGCUUCAGCUAGUUCGUCACAUAACUCGAGAUCGUGAUGACAACACUGAAAUGGCUUUGCUAUUUGCUAAUCAGUCAGAAGAUGACAUCUUGCUGAAAAAUGAAUUGGAAGAAGUGGCAAAGACACACCCUUUGCAGUUCAAACUUUGGUACACAGUGGACAGGCCAAGUGAAGGAUGGAAGUUCAGUGUUGGUUUCAUCUCUGCUGAGAUGAUCAAGGACCAUUUAUUUCCUCCCAGCCCUGAUACACUGGUGCUUAUGUGUGGACCACCGCCUAUGAUCAAUUUUGCAUGUGUACCAAACUUGGACAAGCUGGGCUAUGAUUCUAACCUCCGAUUUGCAUAUUAGUUUUGUGGUCUCCUGUAAAGGUAAUGCUGCUGCAUAUGGUUAAUGUAGUUAAUUUAGAAAUGUGGUACAUGGUUUAUAAAAGAUUAAUGUAACUCCUAUGCUGGUUGCAGAUGGUGCAUUGGGUGUUAGCCUAUAAAUCAUUUUGUAGGUACAUAGUUCUGGUUGUGGUUCAUUAUAUAAUUUCAGCUAGUAAGUACAAGUGUUACACAAUAAUACAUAAAUCAUGCAAUUCCAAAAGAACAUGGCCUGGGCUGUUACCAUAAUUUAAAAUAUCUAAAGUUAAAUAGCAAGUGAAAUUUAUAUAACACAAAAGAUGAGAGGUUGAUUUUGUUUGUUUGUCAAAGUAGAAAUGCUAAGUGUGAUAUUUUUGAGAUAAUUGUAGAUCACAACUCUGAUAACUUCCCUAUACUUUUCCAUGUUUUAACUAUUUUUAAAGCCAGUAUAUUUACAUGAGUUAAGCCUUGUCACUCUUGAUUUGUUUGGCUAUGAAGUAUGGUGUUUUUCAUUAUAAGGCUCACAAGAAAGUCUGUAAUUCCAAAAUAUAGGAUUUAAUAAUUAGAGUAAGAUCUUUUUAUCUAUCAAGAUAUCUCAUUAUUUGACUGAAAACAGAAACUUAAGUCUGAUGUUUGAUCACGUGAAUAUUGGUCUUCAGUAGUUUCUUUGCCUCUAUCACCACUCUGCAGGAAAUUUGGCAAACAAGUAUAGUAUGUUAAGUGUAUGCAAAUGCAUGUGAUGACUAGUAUGACAAAGAACAUCAAGUUUGCUGUUUUAGCACAUGCUGGUUCAAAUAUAGGAACAUAACUUUCAGUUACCACCAUGUAAAGACUUUUGUAUUGAACAGUCAUAUAGAAAUAUAUGAGAGAGCAUUGUGGGUACUUCACCUUAAAAAGAAAUGUUUGAGUAAUAUAGACUAUUUAUUGCUUGAUUCAGUAUGAAAUAAAAGACAUUUAUCUUACUGCCAGGCUAGUUAUUAAGUUGCUGAGGCAAUAAUUUUUUUAAUUAAAAUUCUUUGCAGAAAAAUGUAAAUUAAAAAUUUUAAUAUGACAUCAAGUAUGUGUAAUGUAAGAAGUAUUUCUUAAAAAGACAGUUUUGAGUUCCUUGGUUUUAUAUCAGAUAGUACCUUCAAAGAACUAACAGCCUAUAUUUUUAUUGUACUUCCUCAUUCCAUGUCAUUUAGUUGUAACUUUGUGUAGAACAUAAAAACAGUUGCUUUGCUGCUUGCUUAUAAUUCUUAAACAUAUUUUAUAUUUAAAACACCCCUAUUAAUACCAGCAUAACACAGUUUAUUGCUAUAUGCUGUGUUGUGGUAUUAAUAGUUUUCAGUAAAUAAAUGAAAUGAAAAUAGUAUCUCUUUCUCCAGUUAAUAUAUAGUUUACAUAAUGUUUGUUGGAUUUGCUUAGUGAACAAACUCCAGUUGCUUUGUAUAUCCAUGAGUAUGGUUUAUUCUUUCUGUACUAAGAACAUUUGUUUUCUUUCUAAUUAAAACUAAACUGGGGUAUGUCAGUUUGGUUAUAUUAAAGACAGCUUUUUACUGUGUAUGUGAAAUACAGAAAAGCAGAAGAUAUACCAUAAUGAAUUAAGAGUAAAUGCUUGAUAACAGUAUUUCUGUCAUCAUGAACUUGAACUUCUUGUUGAUUUAGUUUCUUCUGUCAAACAUGCUGUAACAUUACUUGUCCGAAAAUAACAUCCAAAAUAUGAUUUUUACAUAGAAUGGAUAGUUUCACAUGAAGCUAUACAUAUGCCACAUAUCUAAGUUGCAUCUAUAGAAUGACCGCAGCCACAAAAACUUGUGGACAAAGAUUAUAUAACCUGAUAUUUACACAAAACUAUUAGUGCUUUAUCACCAUAAAGUGCAUUGCAAAAUUUAAUCUGGUUAUAUUAUUUCACUAUAUGACAAAAUUAUGGGAUUUUUUAAUCUGAAAGCAGUUAGAAGAAUGUCUUAAAUGUAUUCAGUAGAAUUGAAAUCUAUGGAUGAUGGGACUCUGUUUAUGUCUCUUAUAAAUACGAGUAUCAUAUUGCAUUUUAGUAUAUGAAUGUAAAGCCUGAAGUUGCACUGCUAAAAUAUACAAUAUAAUGGCAGAUUUUUUUUUAUGUAUAUAGUAAAGAUGUCUGCUGAAUUAUUGCUUCCAUUAGGUUUCUCCAUAGACAGAUGUUCACAGACUUUCAAAACUGCAACUGAACAAUUGUAGACAUGACAUUAAUCAUUGUGCUGGACAAGUAGAGUGGUUUUAUGCCACUCAGGAAGUGAACUAUGUAACAGAACCCUAAUGGCUUCAAUUAGCAGUGUACACCAGCUGCACUAUUGCCUUGAUACAAGGUAGAGCUUCAGAAUGUAAGAUGUAAGUAUAUUUUGUCAUAAUAUAUGUUUUCAGAUCCACAGUGAA